AUGAAGCGUAUCUAUCGGCAUCUCCCCAAAGUGAUAGUAAAGGAGUUGCGGAUUAGCCAAUCGGACCUGAACACACGAAGAAUGCUGGAUUUGAUGGCUAUCAGCUCGAUUAAGGGCGGAGGAAUGCCACUGUAUCUUCACGUUGUCAGUCGCAUCCUACGUGAUAUGCGUAUUGCACAGCAGCAAACCAACUCGGCCUUCAACUACAAAGCUUUUAAGACGGCUAUUAGCACAGAACCCUUGACAGAAGGGCAGCUACUGCCAUUGCAACAACGUCUGGAGACAUUGAAAGCUUCAUGGUCGCAGAACAAACUUGCGCGAAUGGUUCUGCUUCUAGAUCGAAGGAAAAGGGGAGCACCUCUACUCAAGGCUGGAGAACUCACGAUUGUCGAUCUCUCAUGUCCUCGUGUCACGGUUGAGACGGCUUGUUCGCUCGUUAACAUUUGUCUCAGUUUAUUUCUGGAACGAGAACAUACUAUCGGACGCGUCGUUGCUUUGGAUGAAGCCCACAAAUACAUGAAUGACAGUUCCGAGAGCCAGACACUGACAGAGUCCCUGCUUUCGGUCAUCCGUCUAAAGCGCCAUUUAGGCACCAGAGUUAUUAUUUCUACUCAGGAGCCCACUGUAUCGCCCAGGCUCCUCGAUUUAUGCUCCACUGUCAUUGUCCAUCGCUUCACAUCACCGACCUGGUUCCAGCUGCCCACAAUUCAAGUUCAAGUAACUUUAAUGCAAGAAUCCGGAUUUUUAAUUGGAUAA